CUCGCCGUCUUUGGAAAAAAAAUCAUAUAUUUUUCCUAUACUUUCUCACUUUUCGCGAAACCAAACGGACUUUAGUCGGGGCCCGUGCAGAGAGAUUUCCCUGUCAAUCCGUUGAGAGAGGGAAACUACAGUCGGUUUAGAGGGAGAAAUCCAUCCCAUCGAUCUAUUUGCUGCUGCUGCUGCUGGUGGUGCUGGUGGUGGAGAGAGAUAGAGAGAGAGAGGCGCGAGCAGCAGAACAAUUCGAAGGGCACAUGGUCUCUAAAAUAAGAGGCAAGGACAGGGGGCGAAGCCAUCCUGACAUGGUUGCUACUGUAUCGAAGGGUGAUGGUUACUCGUUGUUGAAGGAUCUUAAACUGGAAAUAGGAGAAGAAGGGGCUUUCUCUCUCUGUUUCUGGGUUUACCUCAUGACCCCAAUUUCACUCCCAGCUACAAUCAUUCGACAGAUGCAUUCCGAUGUCGCUUAUAAUGUUCCUUUCCUUGUUAUAAAUGGAAGGAAGAAAAUGACACUUAUGCCAUUGCUUUUCCUGCACAAGGAGGCUCCUAAUUCCAACAAGUCAACUUCCUGGAUGGAAUCUCCAUAUGCAUCUGCGGACACUGAGUUUCCUUUGAAAAAAUGGGUUCAUGUGGGAUGUGAGGUUUCUAAUGAUUUUGUGAGGCUUCACAUUGAUGGGGAGAUUGUGGGAGAGAAGCAUCUAUCCUCUUAUAUGUAUGGCAAGUACCAUUCGAAUGGGUUGAGGGGAGUAACUUUGACUAGUGUUGAUGGUAUUGAUGAUGGGAUACAUGGCUAUAUUCACAAUGUGGAAGUCCUACCUAUAACGUCAUCUAUUAAAGAUCACCAUCUUAAGGACCCACCUCUACAAUUAUCUAUUGAUAAUUCAUGUGCUUCUGAGAUUGAAGAAGGCUGUGAUGGUGUUUGGAACAUUGUUGGGGGCAAGGCUUCUUGUCGCAGGAAUUUUUCCUUGGAUGUUGUUUUAUUAGAUGCCCUUAACCAGCCUGUAAACAAGGAAAUGGAGGUUGUUGCAUCAUUGUUGUAUGCUGACAAUGGGGAACUUGUUGACAAGCCUAAUGAUGAAGAAGCUUCCCUUUUAACAAGCUAUGAUGGAAUUGAAUUUGCUUCUUGCGAUAGACCAAGCACAUUGUUCCGUGGGCGUGCAUCCUUUAAGCUUAAGAUAUCUCAGUUGUCAUCCAAGUGUGAAAGUAGGUUGUUUCGCAUAAGGUUUGACAUACCGAAAAUUGGAAGAUACCCUUUCCUUGAGGCCUUUUCUGUUCCUAUUCGUUGUGUCUCACGGAAUCGCAAUACCCGGCCAUUCUCUAUGUGGAAAAAAUCAUCAUUUGACGUCCAGCCAUCCAAUGGAUCUCAAUCAUCUGGUUUAGAUGACGAAUCCUUGGAAUUUCAGACUAAUAUUAUACAUGAACUAAAACCUAGUCUCCCAUCAAAGAGGAUCAGACUGGAAGAAGAAAAAUCUUGUGCAACAUUUAGAGCUGGUCCCACCUUUGAACAACACGAGGAGGAAUGCAACUCUCAUGCGUGCACUGCUAGUCAGCAUGCAUUAGGGACAAAUUUGGCUGGAAGACUACAAAAUGUCGAUGCAGCAGAGAACUCCUCAUCUGAUUCAGAGAGUACAGAAGAAAACCUGUCUCUCAAGUCUUCGUCAAGUGGUCAAAAUCCAAUUUCAGACUUGGUGAUAUUUAAGUACUGUCUGGGAAGCUCCAUAGAGAGGACGCUUCUGCUCAAGGAAAUAGCAACUUCUGCUUCUGACCAAGAGCUCUUGGAAUUUGCACAACAGGUUUCCCUAUACUCAGGAUGUUCUCAUCAUCGACUUACUAGAGGCAUACAAUGGAAUUUAUCUGGCAUGAUGUCUGGGAUUGCUUUUUGUGAUGGAGGAGACACCAUGCUAUCAAAGCCUUCAAACUGCCAAAUAGUAAUUGCAAAGAGAUUAAUCGAAGAAGGAGCAAAAUUUUGGAAUUUGAUCUCGCAGAACAACCAUUGUGUCCAUUGGGACAACGUAACAUUUGAGAUUGAAGAGCAAUUCAUGAGGAUUGCUUGCUGCAGUACAAGAUCUCUAUCCCAACAGGACUUUGAGCUUCUAAGGAAAAUUGCAGGAUGCCAAGAGUUUCUUGCCCGAGAAAAUUUUGACAAGAUGUGGCAUUGGCUGUACCCUGUAGCUUAUACUAUAUCACAAGGAUGGAUAAAUACAUUAUGGAGUUCUAUAGUACCAAAAUGGAUAGAAGGAUUCAUAACAAAGGAAGAAGCAGAGUCUUCACUUCAAGGUCCAAUGCGUCUUCAGGAGCCUGGUACAUUUGCACUUCGUUUUCCAACUUCAAGGAGCUGGCCCCACCCAGAUGCGGGUAGUAUAAUUGUGACCUAUGUUGGCAGUGAUUACGCUCUUCACCAUAGGCUGCUGUCGCUUGAUUUUAUGCACAGUUCUGGUGAAAGAGAAAUGAAUUUGAAACCAUUGCAAGAUAUGCUACUGGCUGAUCCUGAGCUAUCUCGAUUGGGAAGGAUAAUAAGGAGUCAUUAAUCUUGCACGAUAUUUUUCCUAGAUAUUCUGCUUCAGGCAAAAGGUCUGCGAAAUGAUUUUUCUGUGUCCUUAUGUGUACACAUGUAUUAUGUGUACAUGUAGCAGCUCCCCAGAGAUAAGAAUGUAAAUGUCCGUUAUGUGUAACUUGCUCCCCAGAGAUGAGAAUGUAAAUGUCUGUUAAGUGUAACUUCAUGUAUUUUUACAAAGAUAAAGGGAAGAAAUAUUAGCACCUUUUUUCCUGUAUGCCUAGUUGAAUGUGUCAACAUGGCCCUAUUAACAUACUAGAGACUUCAGUUGCUUUAGGUUUGAACAAUGUUUUAUUUUAAGAAUAUAAUGGUUAUAAUAGAAGAAUUUUAUAGUUUACAUAAAA